AGCGGAUGGUUCAGGUUGGGAAGAAGAGCAGUGGGACUACCAGUUCAGGUUGUGGAAUCAAAGAGCAAAGGUUGUUUUGAAGUGGAAUAUCAGGCUCAAAUGGAAGUCCCUCCCAAAUGAGCACUGACAUCUGUGUGCCUGGACAUCCACAAGGGCUCCAACAUCUGCGCUCCUGACAGCUCCAUGCACUAAGCAGGGCACAGUCUGGAUCCCGGGGACCAACUGUCUCUGGCAUUGAGCAGUUGGCAAUCAAUACCCUACCCUGUUCUGAGUCAUUUGGGGACAAAAAAGAAAGCCUGUAGAACACGACUGCUGGCCCACCUGCCAGAGUGGCCAAGGAAACAGGAUGCUCACUAAGGCAUGUUAAGGAAGGUGUGGAGCAGCUGCUGGGAACUGUCUUGAUAAAAGAAAGACAUGGAGGAGCAGUGUAUGUUACCGUAUUAUACUGCCCAAAGCAGCCCCGCAAUGGGCAUGUUUAAUACCUCCAUGGGGAAGCUUCAGCGGCAACUGUACAAAGGCGAGUAUACUAUAUUCAGGUAUGCACCCAUGUUUGAGAGCGACUUUAUCCAGAUCAGCAAAAGAGGAGAAGUGAUUGAUGUGCACAACCGUGCCCGAAUGGUAACAGUGGGCAUUGUUCGCACCAGCCCCUGCCUCACACUACCUGAUGUCAUGCUGCUGGCCCGACCAGCUGCUGUCUGUGACAAUGCCAGGUGUGGUCCUGCCACCCAGAAAACAGAUAGUCCGCCUGCAGAGAUCUUAGAACUAACCAGACUGCUUCCCUUGAUGUUUGUGAAAAUAACGAUCCACAACAGCAUAAAAAAACAGCUCCACCUGAAGCUUGCCACUGGCCGCUCUUUCUAUCUUCAGCUGUGUCCCCCCUCACAUGCAAGUGAAGACCUUUUUGUUCACUGGGAAAACCUUGUUUACAUCCUGAGACCACCAGUGGAGGCUUACAGUGGUACCAAAGCUAUCCUAGCUGGCAGCACAUCAGACUCAUCUGUGUUUGAGGAAGUGCAGAGAAGCCCAGUGGGAUAUGCCAUGAAGUUCUGUGAAGAGAAGGAGCAAUUCAGAAUCAGUAGACUUCACGUGAAUGCUGAAAUGUUUGGGUCCACCUAUUAUGAUUAUACAAUAGAGAUAUGA